AUGUCAAUUCAGCAAGAACGAACACGAAUAUUACAAUCACUAGAGCAUGAAUUCAUAAAUGACUUAUCACUACAUUUGUAUUCAUCAUUCUUACUACAUCGUAUCAAUCCCAAUUUUCCGUUACCUCGAUGGACCCACUGGCCCAAACACUUUGAUAAAGUGCCUGUACCGAAUCAGAAAUAUGAAGACGAUUUGAUCGACAACUGUGUAGAAAGGUUUGAGUGGGAUAUUGAUGAUGAUCGUUUGAUGUCAGACAGGGAUCGGGUUUGGUAUAAAGAGGGUGGUAAUGAGAAGCGGAAGGAGAAGAGGAAGAAGGAGCUACUGGUGAAAGAAGGUGGAGAUAAGGAGCAGGAGAAAAGGGAGCUGCAACGGCAAUGGCAUCUGCAACUAGAAGAGGAGGGUAUACUGGACAGUCUGAGCCGUUCAAGUGAUAAUGAUUCUCUUGUUAGUGGCUCUAAUGACGACGGUAACGACAGUGACAACAGCGAUGAUCUUGAUUACAACGAAGAAGAACUACUUGAUCCCAAUAACAAAAUAAUUGAAGUCACAUAUACAGAAAGUAUCCCACUGGCUAAAAUCUCACUAAUGAAUUCAAUAAGUUCACUACUUGAAUCUAAAAUACGCAACAAGAUUCAAAAAUUGAAAAAUGAUGGUAAAAUUGAUACAUCAUUGAUCAUGACUUCCGAUUCAUUACCACGAAAUCUUCUAUUACCAAUUGUGGGUGGUAUUGCCAAUCGAUUUAAUUCAAUGUUGGAUACCAUGUUUGAUACAUUCCAUUUAAAAGAUUAUCCAUUAAACUGGCGACAGAUUUUAUUAGCAGGGAUGAUAAAUGAUCGAUUACACAACAAGUUGAAUCCACAGAUGUAUGAGAAACUUAUACACAAAUGCGAAGGUCAAUUUGAACACGUCCAUAACGUGUAUGAAUUUGAUGAUGAUGAGGCAAGGGAAGAGGCGGUUGAAGAAGAUGUUGUUACUGAUGAUGGGGGGUUUAAUGUGGAAAAGUACUUGGAGUCAUUACAAGAUGAAUAUGCGGGUCCUGGACAAAAGGAUUAUUCGGUAUUGGCACAGGAAUAUUUACGUGAUUUUAAUGGGCAAGUCAACUUUCUGGCAAGGUUGAAACAAAAUAUGAUCAAUAUGAUUCAUGGAGAAGAAGAUGUUAUGAAUAGGAAAAAACGUAGAAGAUCUAGUGAAGAUGAGGAUGAAGAAGACGAACCAACAGAUGAAUCGGAUAAAGAAAGCAAUUGGAAUGAUUCCAAUUUGGCAUUGCUACAUCAAAAAUUACUUCAACAACGAAAAGAAUUACAAGAUUCUUACACAAUCAAACUUUGA